GGUUCUUCAAGAGGCAGCCAUGGCACGGGUCUACCGCCACGAGUCUCCGCUCUUGUGUGCCUUGGUGCAACGGCCCAUUCGCCUACUGCUGGCUUUAAGCCUGGGGGUCGCUCUGGCCAGCCUUCUGGGAUGCAUACGGCUCAUUUGGAGGCAAAGCAUUAAGAGAUGGCUGGUGAUUGCCCUCCUGUUGACCCUCCUGUUGAGCGUUGCCUGCGCCCACGGCGGAAGCUCCAUGUCUUCCGUGCUGGGCUUCGCCUGGGACUCUGGCCAUGCCACCAUCGGCCCCCUGACGUCGCCCAUCCUCUUGAGCCUGGGCAUUGGCAUGGCCACACCCAGACGCCGGCCGAGUGACCAGGAGGAGGCGCAGCUGGACGACCUGGCGGGCUUCGGGCUCAUUGGCUUCAGUUCUCUGCUGCCGGUCAUGGCGGUGGAGAUUCUGGCACUCUGCGUGGCUGAUGCAGAUGCAGUCUGGAUCCA